CUGUAAGCAACCAUUUUCGCCGGCAGAGGAAAAUAGAAUGGGAAGUUCCCUUCGCUUCAAACUGUCUCUGCCUUCCCCUCUCACGCCGCCGAUCGAGAACAAGGAAGAGGGUUUUGGUUUUGGGCACUGAAGAUGGUAACCCUAAUUGUAGAUAGUAAGACAACACGACUGUCGUUCCGAGGUACCUAACCUGAAAUGGGUUUCGAGGUACCUAACCUGAAAUGGGCUUCGGCCUGGAUACUGAUCACCAUCUCGACCUUAGUUUCCGACGGCGGCGAUGCUCUGUUUUCAUCGCUCGGCGGCAGAGCACGGCCGACGACGACGACCUUCUCCUCCUGCCGAUUGACGGCGACGUACGAGGUUUCCAGCAUUGACACGCGGCGAAUUCGGCUUCCGCCGCCGGGGAGGUUUCGAGGCGACGAGGAUGGUGACGAUGAUCAGAUUGCAGAAGAAAAAGCCCACUGCCCGAGUAUCAAUUUUCGGUUUUGCGGGUUUCAGUAACCCGAAACCGAGACUAUAGAUAUCGGGUUGAACCCGAAAAAACCGAAACCGAGAAUGAAAAAACCGGUUCAGGUUUGGGUUAACCCGAAAACCUGAAACCGGAUUGACAGGCCUACAGUCAAGUGUGUAGAAUAAGGUGGCCUACUCAAUUAGUUGAAGUAUUAUGGUAAAAUCCAUCUUGCAAAGGACUCUCCUAAACAGUUGAACUAAUCGUAAUUACUCCCUUUUCUAGAUUCGGUACGAACUUCUAAAUAAAAUGUUAGUGUCUUG